AUUGAUGCCUCUUGACAAGAUAUUUAAUCUCUACUUUGUAGGUUUGCAGGUAUCUUCUCAUUGAGGAUGAGUUCAAUCACCCAUCCCUUCCUGAGCUGCAGAAGUAUUUAACCGAUGAAGAUUACAGUAUUGCUUUGGGGUUCUAUAUUCUGUUAAGAGCUGUUGAUUGGUAUGCUGCCAAUUUCAACAGUUUUCCUGGGCAGUUUGAAGGGGGAAUGGAUGAGGAUAUAUCUCGUUUGAAAACUACGGUUAUUAGCCUACUAAAUGAUUUGGGUUGCAAUGGCUUAACGUUGACAGAGGACCUUAUCAAUGAGAUAUGCCGAUUUGGUGUGGCAGAGCUCCAUUCUGUUGCUGCCUUCAUUGGAGGAAUUGCGUCACAGGAAGUGAUUAAGCUUAUAACUAAACAGUUUGUUCCCAUGUGUGGGACUUACAUAUUCAAUGGUAUCGAUCACAAGUCUCAAUUGUUGGCACUUUAAGUAGAAACAGCAAUCCCUUUGAAGUGGCUGAUUGCCUCUUUCAUGAGAUAAAUGGUCAAAUCUUGUGCGGCAAUGAAGAUAUUAGAUAUGAGCUUUUCUUUUUCAUCUUUGUGAGGCAUAGCUAUGUACUUUAAUCAAUGACAAUGUAGUUUACACGAUUUGGUUGAUUUAUAAUUGUGAAGGCAGAAAGAAGAUGAAAGAAGGUUAAAUGCCCAUUUUGGUUUAUCUACUCUAGGGAUUUGCAUAGUUUUCAUUCUUCAAUUCUUUUAUGCACUUUUUUUUGUCCCUCAAUUAUAAAAAAUAUACUUUUUAGUCUUUCAAUCAAUUAGUACAUCAAAU